GGUGGCGUCAGUGCGUCUCACUGAACCAGUGGAGCAGAGGAGCGCAGCAGUGCGCAGAGCAUGUAGCCGAAACUACAGCAGACUGUGGAGCUGAAGUUUUUUUGUGAACGGGAUCCGAGUUCCAUUGUUAUCAGAGAAAUAAACUAGGGCUGCCCUCUCGACAUCCGACCAGUUGGAGCUAAAUGACAAGUGGACAGCGGCUCAGAAGCACUCAGUGAUACACGGGGCACGAUGGAGAGCAAGGGACUACUCCGCUGUAAGAUCGUAGUGGUCGGUGAUACGCAGUGUGGGAAGACGGCUCUCCUCCACGUUUUUGCUAAAGACUCAUACCCGGAGAAUUAUGUCCCCACUGUGUUUGAGAAUUACACAGCCAGCUUCGAGAUUGACAAGCAGAGGAUUGAGCUCAACAUGUGGGACACUUCAGGUUCAUCUUACUAUGACAAUGUGCGGCCGCUAGCUUACCCGGACUCUGAUGCUGUCCUCAUCUGCUUUGACAUCAGCCGUCCGGAGACAAUGGACAGCGUGCUGAAAAAGUGGCAGGGUGAGACGCAGGAGUUCUGCCCCAACGCCAAAGUGGUGCUGGUCGGAUGCAAGUUGGACAUGAGGACAGACCUCAACGUCAUGAGAGAGCUCUCCAAGCACAGACUAAUUCCUGUCACCCACGAACAGGGGACUAAUUUGGCGAGGCAGAUCGGCGCUGUGGCCUACGCAGAGUGCACCUCCAAGUAUUCGGAGAACAGUGUGAGGGAUGUGUUCCAUGUCACCACCGUGGCGUCCGUGGCCCGCGUCCACCGGCCUCAGCUCAAACGCACAGGCUCACGUCGCGGCCUCAAGCGGGUCUCCCAGCAGCCGCCUCGGACUGAGAUUCACGAGCACCCGCCUGCCAUUAGAAAGGACCGGGCCAAAAGCUGUGUGCUCAUGUAGAGUCAAAGUGAACCGGCGGCAACCUGACCUGUGCGUGCUGAUGGACAUGAACUUUAUUUAUUGAUGAAUUCUUGUCAGAUCUUUGCACUGUAUAAAGGACGAUGCAAUGAAAACAAGAACGAAUGCUUUUCUGUGGACUUCUUUAAGGAAUUAUCUGUCCAUCUUUAGCAAGUAUCCUUGUUUUCGUUUUUUUUUUUCCGCUCCUGUGGCUGUGCUUUCAUCAAGUGAGGCCACUGUAAUGGGAAAACAUAUCUUAUUUAAUGCUUUUACUUGAACAAGCUGACACGUAUAGUCAUGGAUGACAAUGGGCUGGUUGGCAAAAUGAAAGAAAAAGGAUAGAAAGUAGUUAAAAGGAGAAUAAUAGGUGUACGGAGAUUGAAAAAAAAUCUAUUUGUUGAAAGAUUACUUUGCAAGAAGCGACUAUUCCAGUACUGGCCUUGACCUCUGUUGUGUUGUUUCCUGUCUUCAGAUGGUUUUCUCUCUUUAAGUGUUUAUGUGAAGCACAAUAAGAUGCACGCAACCUGUUCUGAGUUAUCUGUAAAUGUCAGGGACUAAACUCUGCAGUUCCACUUCAUAUGAGUUUAAAAAAAAAAGAAAGAAAAUCCGGACAAAAAAAGAAAAAGAUUUAAAAAAAAAAGUCGUGGGCUGAGAUGACACUAAUUUUCUUAAACCACAAGUGCUUUUGAUAUUAAAAACUGAAUAACCACUCGCCACAUAAUACUGAAGUGUUGUGAAAUUAAUAUUGUUCUAAUAAUCCACAUCGGGAAAGAAAGUCACAAAGGGAAUAAAGAAGGUGACUGUUAUAUUGUACAUGUGAAAAUGAAAUAAAAAAAUACUUCUGCUGA